GCUAUGCAAAACAAUAUUUUAAACCGAUGACGUUUAAACAGAUAAAGCGCAGUUAUUGCUGUUUCGUAUGUUGUAGCAUAUAUUUAAGAGCUUUACUCUUUUGUAAAUAGCUUUCGUAUUAUAUUACACUGUGGAAUUUUUGGGGGGAAUUAAUGACGGGAGGGACUAAAAUACUGAACGGACGUGUAGUUUUUAAGAACUACAGACGCCAUGGCGGAGGCGCUGAUCACUGGAGCUGUUCAUAUAAACACACCUGCUGAUUCCGCGAGCGGUGCGAUGGCGUAUUUACAGCAUAAGAAGUCAGACUUUGAUGUGGUUCCUCCACUGAAUCUGGGUGAUCUGGACAUCACCACGGAUGAGUUCAUUCUGGAUGAGGUUGACAUUCACAUUCAAGCUAAUCUGGAGGAUGAUCUGGUGAAAGAGGCACUCAAGACGGGUGUGGAUUUGCGGCAGUACUCCAAGCAGGUGGAGACAGAGCUGCAGCGAAUUGAACAAGCAUCAAUCAAAGACUAUAUCAAAGAGAGUCAGAAUAUUGCCUCUUUACACAACCAGAUUACAGCCUGUGACUCAAUACUAGAGCGUAUGGAGGGCAUGUUGAGCAGUUUUCAGAGCGACCUGUCAUCCAUCAGCAGUGAGAUUCAGACACUGCAGCAGCAGUCAGUCAGUAUGAACAUGAGGCUGAAGAACCGUCAGGCCGUCCGCAGUCAGCUCAGCCAGCUGGUUGAUGAACUGGUCGUUCCCAGCACCAUGAUUACUGUGAUUCUGGACAGUCCUGUAACAGAGCAGGAUUUUUUGGAGCAACUUCACGAGCUCAAUAACAAGAUCAACUUUGCUAAAGAGCUCAGCUUCAGAGAGACCCUCGCCUGCUCUGAUAUACAGGACAUCGUAGAUCGUCUCAAAAUUAAAGCUGUCUCAAAAAUCCGUGAGUUCAUCCUACAGAAGAUCUACUCAUUCAGAAAGCCAAUGACCAACUACCAGAUCCCUCAGAACACACUACUAAAGUACAGAUUUUUCUAUCAGUUCCUGCUAGCCAAUGAGAGAACAGUUGCAAAGGAGAUCCGGGACGAGUAUGUGGACACCAUGAGCAAAAUCUACUUCAGUUACUUCAAGUCAUACAGCGGCAGACUGCUCAAAGUCCAGUACGAAGACGUUGCAGACAAGGAUGAUCUGAUGGGAGUAGAGGACACAGCCAAAAAAGGUUUUUUCUCCAAGCCUUCUCUCAAGAGUAGGAACACUAUUUUUACUCUUGGCCAGAGGGGGGAAGUACUGAGCCCUGCAGAGCUGGAGGGGCCCAUACUGAUCCCACACGCCGCCCAGAGAGGAGACUCCAGAUACCCGUAUGAAACUCUCUUCCGCAGUCAGCACUAUGCUUUGUUGGAUAAUGGCUGUCGAGAGUUCCUCUUCUUGUCUGACUUCUUCAUGGUGGCGGGAAAUUCUGCGUUGGAUUUAUUCAACAGCAUUAUGGGAAAAACGCUCAGCAUGUUCCUGAAGAAUCUGUCAACAUACUUGUCAGACUGCUAUGACAGUAUUGCCGUGUUUCUCUGCAUUCACAUCAUUCUGCGCUUCAGAGCCAUCACGGCCAAGAGGAACAUCCCUGCGCUUGACAAGUACUGGGAGGCUGUGCUAGAAUUGUUGUGGCCAAGAUUUGAGCUCAUUUUGGAGAUGAACAUCCAGAGCAUUCGAAACACUGACCCUCAGAAACUAGGUGUACUGGACACCAGACCACACUAUAUCACACGCCGGUAUGCUGAAUUCUCCUCUGCUAUUGUCAGCAUAAAUCAAACCUUUCCCAACGAGAGGACCAACACACUACUCGGACAGCUGCAGAUUGAGGUGGAGAAUUUUGUGCUGAAAAUGGCGGCUGAGUUUCCUUCUAGGAAAGACCAGCUCAUCUUCCUCAUAAACAACUAUGACAUGAUGCUUAGUGUGCUCAUGGAGAGAGCAGCUGAUGACAGUAAAGAGGUUGAGGGCUUUCAGCAGCUCCUACUGGCUAGAACACAGGAGUUUAUAGAGGAGAUUCUUUCAUCUCCGUUUGGAGGGAUGAUUGCAUUUGUGAAGGAGAGCGAGGCACUAAUAGAGAAAGGGCAACUUGAAAAACUCAAAAAUGAUGAAGCUCGUAUCACUCAGUUGGUGCGGGGUUUCUCCAGCACAUGGAAGCAGUCUGUGGAGGCCCUGAGUCAGGAUGUGAUGCGUUCAUUCACCAACUUUAAAAAUGGAACCAGCAUAAUUCAGGGAGCAUUGACCCAGCUCAUCCAGUACUAUCAUGGUUUCCAUAAGGUCCUCUCCCAGCCAACAUUCCGCAGUCUGGCAGUGCGCUCUGAGCUCAUAAACCUCCAUCAUCUGAUGGUGGAAGUCAAGAAACACAAACCAAACUUUUGAACUCACACAUAAGUCAUCAGCACUUAUUGGCCACAAGACUGUCAAGAAUCAUUUGCUUUAGUUGCCAAAAAAAAAAAAAAAAAAAAAAAACAUUCUUUGGGAGUACCUACGAACAUACACAUUCAUAAAACAAGUAAAAUGUAAACUGUAAAAAUGAAGACUAGAAAAUCUGUAUUGGAUGGUGAUUUGUCUUCUGUCACUGGCAGAAGUUUUUAACUUGUGAACUUAAGCAAAACAAUAAUGCUAACUUUUUUCCUAAACAGGUAAAUAUAUCUUGUCCUAAAGAUUUUCUGGAAAACAAGGCAGAGAUAUUAAAAGUAUGAAAUUUUGCAGUUUAAAGCUAAAACUAGAACAUGAUUUUUAAAGGCUGAUUUUCAUAGAUUGUGAAUAUAAACAAUCAUCUAGUUUGAGCACUAAUCUAAUUAUUUGCUCAGUCUGUUUUAAAGUUUGCUGAUAAUUUGAUUUGUUUUUGUGUUCACUAUUUAAAUGCAUUAUUGGCCUGACAACAGAUCUAAAAAUGUCUUUUGGUUUUCUCUGAAAAGUUUGUGUAGUCCUAUGCACUAUUAUCAUAUUGGCAAACAAAGGCAUUCAAUGUCUCAGAAUAAAAGAUAUUAGAUCAAAA